AUGGACACAGAGCCGUUCAACAUCAGUGCUGACGAGGUCAAUUGCCUAGUCCAUGCAUACCUUCGUGAUUGCGGUUUUGAGCACGCGGCUUUCUCGCUACGCUCAGAAGCCCGCCUUGAGAAGUCAAAUAACUUCCAGAAACAAGUCCCGCACGGCGAGCUGGUCGACCUUCUCGGCCGCGCACUAUUGUUCAACUCGGUAGAGAACCACCCUGCGGGUAGACAAGGAUGCAAUGUUCCGAUAACUUUGCUGGAUAAGCAUGCCUGUUCAUUUGGUGGCAGGCCGCUGGCGGCUGCCCUAGUCACCCCAGCGCCUGUUUUUGCUUCCCCUGCGAUCCCUGCUCCCGUGCCCAGCACUUCGUUUACUCCUACUCCUCAAGUUUCCAAGAACCAGGAACAUGCGUCAGCCACAGCUUUCAUCCCAUCCAUGCCUAUGGAGAUUGAUAUGACGGCGGAGGUAUCGGGUACAGCAUCAGGAUCAGGAGAUUUCCUUACCGCCAUCGAACAAAGCGCAAUCCAGAUGCUCCCUGCCUUCGAUUCAGAGAUCUUUGCGAUCGCAUGGAACCCAGUAAACCAGACUUUGCUUGCCUCGGGUGCGAAAGACUCUACCAUCAAUCUGUGGAAGCUUGACUUUGCGUCAAAUGACACAAGGAUACCCUUAUCGACACCUGCAAAGCCAUUUUCUCAGCUGAGGCUUACAGAGAACGACGAAGCAGACAUCACAUCGCUAGACUGGAAUGCAACCGGCACGCUGCUUGCGGUUGGGGCAUACGACGCGAAACUCCGAGUGCUGACAGCUAGUGGGGACCUGUACUUUGAAGACUCUAGUUACGAGGCUCCCAUCUUUGCUGCACGUUUCUCGCCGCUGGGGAAGUGGCUUGUGACAGCCAGUCUGGACAACCGGGUAUGCGUCUGGGACGUAGAGCGACGGCGCUUGCACCGGGUGCCAUUAUUCCGCGGUCCUUGCCUGGACAUUGCAUGGUACUCGGAGAACAUAUAUGUUGUCGGUGGAAACGACAAACGGGUAAGCGUGAUGGACGUGAACGGUAAUGGACCGUUAACUGUCUUCGUCGGCCACGAUAACGAAGUCAAUCAAGUCCGUAUCAACGCGAAGAAGACGAUGAUUGCGUCCGCUUCGGACGAUCACACUGCGCGUAUCUGGUUAGGCUCGUCGAUCAAGAUCAACACAGACGGCACAGCACCUCCUCUUGUGAAGCAGUGUGUUGUUCUGCGCGGCCAUAGCGCAUCCGUCAACUCAGUGGCCUUCUCGGGUGGAGACACUGAGUACAUUGCUACAGCAUCCUUCGACAAACAAAUGCGCCUGUGGGACCCGCGCACAGGACAGUGCACCCAUCAUUUCACCCAUCAUACAGGGCCCAUCUUCUCACUGGCGUUCAAUAAGAACGGACGCCUUCUUGCGACGGGUGCCCAGGAUGGUUUCAUGAACUUAUACGAUAUGAAGACAAAGCAGAGAAUCUGGUCGUGGCGCGUGGAGGGAAAAGUGACGAGUGGUGUGUUCGAUCUCGCUUUCCAGGUGACGCCAAAUUACGAACGUCUCUGUGUUGGGCUUGAGUCGGGACGUCUUGGCAUCGUGAAUCUGAAGCGUCUCCCAUUCGUAGCCUCCUAA